AUGGUUCGUGUAAGCAACACCAUCUUGGCCAUCUUCAACUGCAUUACUUUACUAAUAGGUCUGGUGAUCAUGGGUUUAGGCCUAUAUAUCUUUGCAAGAGGCAGCGCCACAGGUUGUGAUAAAGUUUUGCGAAACCCAAUGAUUAUAGUGGGUGCAGUCAUUACUGCAAUAUCAUUGUUUGGGUUGAUAGGCUCAUGUUGCAGGGUCAACUUUGCUUUGACGCUUUACUUGAUUCUCUUAUUCUUGUUGCUUUUGUGCCUAAUUGGUUUCACGGUUUUUGCCAUUUUGGUCACAAAUGAGAGCUUCGGCAGGGCCUUCUCGAAAACCAAGAUCAUGGAUUUCCGUAACUGGUUGAGGGACAAUCUUGGUGAUGAAAAUCAUUGGAAUGAUAUUAAGAGUUGUGCGCUUCAAACAAAGAUAUGCCAUGAGAAUAAUCACAAGAAGCUCUCUGAUAUACAGUCUGGAUGUUGCCAGCCACCAGUUUCCUGCGGAUUUGUAUCAAGCAAUGCGACGCUGUGGAAUCGUCCUAAAACCAGCCCAGCUGUGAAAUACAGUGGUGACUGCACAGCAUGGAGCAACCAUCAGGACACCCUUUGCUUCAACUGCGAGUCUUGCAAAGCUGCAUAUGUUGUCACUAGUAGGAAGAAAUGGGGACAGUUGGCCAUAGCCAACGCCUGUUUCGUUGCCUUCACUGUUAUUUUCUAUUCCAUUGGUUGCUGUGCAAGAAGUAACAACCAAAAAGACAGCCACCACAGAUACAGAGGUUAUCCUUGA